CCUUGCUUGCAGCCUUGCGGAGGCCGUGUAAGCUGGGGCCGCAGUCGCGGGAGUGUCCUGAGGCCUGGGGUAGGGGAAGGGCAAGGUCAAGAUCAGCCGCCUGGAGGGGUUCAAGGUUUGAAUCCCACCCUGAGUGAAAUGGAGAACUUUUGUGCCCCCAACCCCAGGGACCCGAGUGGAGGUGUCCCUCCCGAAGCGCCCCAUGCUGACGGCUCUUCCCUGCUGUUCCUGCCCCUGCCCUGGCUACUGGUGUGAUGAGUAACACGACAGCACCCAGUGCCCCCAGGGCUGCCAGCGACUCCAUGGUGGGCUACGUGCUUGGCCCUUUCUUCCUCAUCACCCUAGUGGGGGUGGUGGUGGCUGUGAUGAUGUACAUCCAGAAGAAGAAAAGGGUGGACAGGCUCCGGCACCAUCUACUGCCUCUGUACAGCUAUGACCCAGCAGAAGAGCUGCAUGAAGCCGAGCAGGAAUUGCUGGGUGAGGGGGGGGACCCUAAGGUGGUCCAUGGCUGGCACAGUAGUUACCAGCACAAAAGGAUGCCCCUUUUGGAUGUGAAGACAUAAACUAAGGAAGCAGACCCCCACCAAGCUCUGGCUCCACUGGAAGGGAGACCUUUUUACCUGUUACAAGAGUUCUGAAUUGCUCAUUUCUGCCCUCUCCCACUGGAAAGCCUCCUCCUCCCUUGCCCAGUAAUAGGACACACAAUAGUCAUUCCUUAUUGACCUGCUGGCAGGGGCAGCUGUCCUUUCCUAGCAGAGGAUUAGAACCCCAUCUCUGUCUUACUUUUUUGAACUGGGCACUUGCCCAUAGCAUCUUUUGGCAAAUCCUAAAACUGGAGAGGAGGGGGCAGGCAUUACCUGGACUUUGGUUGUAUCCCUCACCUUCCUCAGAGAUGUCCCAGCAUGCUCAACUUUGCCCUUGCUACUGUCAGGUGCUGGGUUAUGGUUUCCUAGGGAGGGAUUUGUAGAAUCCCACCUCUAGGGAUGGCUUUGUUUAUAUUAUACAGUGUAUAUAUAUUUUGUAAAUAAAAUGUUUUGUGGAUGGGAAUGUGGCUGAAGAUA